AUGGUUGAAUCAAAGCAAGCCCAUCUUCAGCUCUUAGUUUUUACUUUUUUUCUUCUCUACUGGCAUCCAACACUGAUUAGAGCUAAAGAAGCUGAGCAUGAGUUUGAUUAUAAGGAAGGGAGUAAGAAGGGACCAGAACACUGGGGAGAGUUUAAGAAAGAAUGGGCACGAUGCAAGGAUGGGAAAUUUCAAUCACCAAUAGGUUUGUCGGAUGAUCAUGUCACCAAAGUGACCCCAAGUUUAGAGGAUCUUAAAAUGAGUUAUAAGCCUUCAAAUGCAACUGUCAAGAACGAAGGUCCCUAUCUUGCGAUCGAAUGGGAAGGUGAUGCUGGAUCAAUCAAAAUCAACGGCACAGAUUACUUCUUCAAACAAUGUCAUUGGCACACCCCCUCUGAGCAUUCCAUUAAUGGCAUAAGGUAUGAUCUGGAACUGCACAUGGUUCAUCAAAGCACCGACCCGAAAAUAAAGAACAGUAUUGCUGUACUCGCAUUUCUAUACCACAUUGGCAACCCCAACUUUUUUCUCUCAAAGGUGAACAAAGAUAUAAUGUCUGAGGUUGCUACAAAGGAGGUACACUUGGGAGUGACUGAUCCAAGGGAAAUAAAAUGGACUAGCUUCAGUUUUUACAGAUACAUUGGAUCACUCACAUCCCCUCCUUGCACUGAAGGAGUUAUUUGGACCAUAAACGAAAGGGUAAAACAUGUUUCAAGAGAACAAGUGGAGUUACUUCAAGAAGCUGUGGAUGAUUAUGCAGAGAUGAAUACAAGACCAUUACAACCUCUCAAUGACAGAGAAAUCAAGCACUAUGGCCUGUCGUUAACUGAUGCACCAAGCCCCCAUGAGGGCAACCACGGCCCCAAGCAAUAUAGGUCAGUUAGUGCACAAAGCCCCAAGGAAUCUGGCUCAAAUAAUGCACCAAAACCAAGCCACCCAGAGGGUAACCAAAGCCCUAAGCAAUCUCUCAGAUUAUUUACGCACAUAACAGUGUGUAUCUUCACAUAUCUUCUCUAA